AGGAUGGACAGCAGAUCCUACCCGUCCGGAGAGCAGUGCCUGUGAGCCUUACUGGAGCCCAAGUUCUUCCCACAGAGGGAGGGACAGAGAAGGCAGCAGUCACCAUGGAGUCCCCUUCAGCCUCUGCUCACAGAGGGCUUGUCCCCUGGCAGGGGCUCCUGCUGGCCAUCUCACUCUUAACCUUCUGGAGCCCGCCCACCAUUGCCCAGCUCGCUAUUGUGCCGACCAAUGCUGCCGAAGGGAAGGAUGUGCUUCUGCGUAUCCGCAACAAGCCUCCAGAUGCUGUAGGCUUUCUGUGGUACAGAGGGGAAGGGGCGAGAUCCCAUCGGAAUAUUGCAUCUAUUAUAGUGGACUUAAGAGUACAUGCAUUAGGGCCUGCAUACAGCGGUCGAGAGAAAGUAAACAGUGAUGGAUCCAUGCUGUUAAAGAGGGUCACACGGAAGGACACAGGAUACUACACCAUAGUAGCCCACCUUCGAGAUUCAAAAAAAGAAAUAGGAUUUGGACGGCUCCAUGUAUACCAGCCUGUGAGAGUGCCCACCCUCCUAGCCAGCAACACAACAGUCAUGGAGCAUAAGGAUUCCGUGGUCCUCACCUGCUACACAAAUGCAGCCUCCACCCAGUGGUUUUUCAAUGGCAUGAAUCUGCGGCUGACAGAGCGGAUGAAGCUGUCCUGGAACAACAGAACCCUCACCAUAGACCCUGUCAGGAGGGAGGAUGCUGGGAAUUACCAGUGUGAAGUGUCCAACCCCAUCAGUUACUGAAAGUGUGCCGGUUGAGCUGGAUGUAAAAUAUUAGUGACCCUCCUCCUCUCCUAUAUGUUACUAAACUCGGAAUAAUUUUUUGUGCCCUUUAAAUAGAUUUGUUGUGGGGGUGGAGAGUCCUUAGAAGACUUACACUGAGUCAAUAAACACACAAAAUCAGAGCUGACAUUGUCAUUAUUUUUUACUUAAGGCUACAUUCCACACCGGAUCACACCUCUGAUUUGUUUUAGUUGCACCAUCUCCACAGCGGAGGUGACACUGAGUCCCUCAGAGGAUGGUCAGUGGUUGUGUGGUGACUGGUGGGAGUAUGUGAUGAGGUCACAGGAAUUUGAGCUCUGUCCCUCUUUCAGGGGGGCCAGUUGAGAGUGCCUGGACACUGUUGUGGGCAACAGAAAUACACAGAAGGACACCCAUGUUGGUAGCAAUACUGACCUUUUUUUCUCCCUGCUUGACU